AUUCAUGUCUUGCGUUCUCGAAACAGUCUUGGACUUUGGAGGUAGAUAAAAUCGAAAAAGACCAACAUUUUUAUAUUGUGGAUGAUGUGAGCGAGAGAUGGGGAACAGUUGCUAAUUUUUCUUUGCACACAGAACAGCAGUAAUGAAAAUAUGGAGAGCAAAAAAAUAUCAAAACUCUUCACUCCCGGGGACUACGCGGUCUGUAUCACCAUGCUCGUCUUGUCGCUCGUCAUCGGACUCGUUGCUGCCUACGUCGAACGCCGUCAUCGUGGCCGACAUCGGAUAACCUCCGAACGUUUCCUUCUUGGCAGUCGACGUUUAAACGUCAUACCCGUAUCGAUGUCAAUGACGAUCCCGUUCGCAGCAGCGAUUAAUAUCCUUGGGACCCCGGUUGAUGUGUAUAUGUAUAAUACCAUGUUUUGGUGGAUAUGUUUGGCUUAUAUAAUCGGUGGUGCCAUUGUUUGUCGGAUGUUUGUGCCCUUGUAUUUCAACAUUGGCGUUGUUAGCGCUUUUGAGUAUUUAGAGCUUCGAUUCAACAAGACUGUGAGAGUGUUCUGCAGUCUGCUAUUUAUUGUACAGAUGAUGGUAUAUCUCGGUAUUGUGUUAUAUGUACCAUCAUUAGUUAUUCAAACUGUGACAGGCUUCAAUUUGUGGGCGAGUCACACCAUAAUCCUAGUCGUUGCUCUUGGUUUUACAACGGUGGGAGGAAUGAGAGCGAUCGUUUGGUCAGAUGUUCAUCAGACCAUCAUCAUUCUACUAGGUCUCAUUGCUGCCGUUGUCAUGGGAACGAACCAGGUCGGAGGACUGGGAGAGGUGAUGCGAAUAGCACGAGAGAGCGAUCGUUUCAAGCUAGCGGUGGUUAGUUUUGAUCCGACUGUCCGUCAUACAGUAUGGUCAGUAGUAGUCGGCAUGACUGUCAUUGUAGUAGGUACAAUGGGAACCAAUCAAGUCAUCGUGCAGAAGUACAUAAGUCUACAAUCACAAACACAGGCAAAAAUGGCCAUCAUGUUAUCAUCACUUUUCAAGGUGGUGGUCGUGUCACUCUGUGUAUUACUAGGCCUAGUAGUCUAUGCUGCUUAUAGCCUCUGCGAUCCUUACUCUGUUGGACAGAUCUCGCAUAUUGACCAACUGACGCCCUUCUUUGUGAUGGAUCUGUUUUCAUCUAAACCUGGACUUCCUGGUUUAUUCGUUUCAGCAAUAUUGGCUGCAUCCAUCAGCUCGCUCUCUUCAGGUCUAGCCUCUUUGUCGGCGGUAACAGGAGAAGACGUUCUUAAAGCAUUCUGGCCAAAUAUUAGUCUCAAUAAAUACAGCUGGAUUCUACGCAUUCUCCUCGAAGUAACAUUGCUUUAUGGAAUUAUAUCACUUGGAUUUGCUGCACUUGCGAGUAGCUUACAGCAGAGUAUUUUACCCCUAACUAUUUCUUUGUUUGGAGUUGUAGGCGGAAUUGUAUUAGGGAUAUUCACACUAGGAGUAUUCUUUCAUCGGAGUUCGUCUCAGGGAACCAUGGUCGGAGCCGUGCUGGGCCUAAUUGUCGUCGUGUGGUUGAAGCUCGGAUCCACAGUCUCAUCGUCAGGAUCGCUUGGGGAAGUUAACCACCUGCUCGUUGGCGGGUGCAAGUACAUAAAUGCAACAACUAUAGCGGACGACAUCUCGGCGACGACCGCAACCACUGUAUUGCUCACAACCGUCGCCCCGCAAAGACGGAGGUUUCUGGCAGGCUUGUAUCGUUUAUCCUACCAAUAUUAUGCACCAUUAGGACUGGUCGUCACAGUAGCCCUGGGCAUGAUUGCAAGUGCCGUUUCUGGAUUCGGAGAUCCGGCCUCUGUGGAUCCUGGUCUUAAGCUGUAUGUUGUAGACUCAUUGCUGUGCUGUUUACCCGUAUGUUUGAAGGAUCUAGUACGAAGAGAUGGUCAGCAUAAGGAGUAUAAAUAUCCACACGGCAUCGAUGAAAAACCCAACGAGAACGACAAGGAGACAUCGGAUCAUGAGGCAUCCGAAUUGCAGUCAGAUAUCCGAGAAGAACCGACUGAAAAUUCACACGAGGAUUAUGAAACCACGACGUGGUUGUGACGAUCACCACAUUCUUAACGCCUGUCGUUUUGUUAAAGUGCAAGUGGUUAGGCUUACCUUUUACUUAAGUUCCGAUAAUGAAGUUCAAGUAAAGUAAAUGCAGUGAAGAAUUAUCUCGAUGAAACUUUCGAGAAUUUUUUCCUUCUUCUGAACUAGAAAAAUAAGUAGUUUUAAAAAAGGCGCUAUGCCACAGACAGUGUUAGAUGGGCUGAGUUUUGCUAUGGUGCAUUUUUAAAACAUUCCUUGAAUAAAUUCUUUCAUUCAUGAUUCGCGCAUCAGAAGUCGAUACUAAAAACAAAUGUUGACGAAUAAAAUGAUUCAACCUCACAAUAACACCUUUUCUUCAUAAAAUGCGGGGU